AUGGCUCAUUUGCACUGCACCCAUUCUUCUAUUGUUGUAAAGCAGUUCAAAAAAGAACUUUUCUUGAGAAAAAUCAAUUCUCACAACAAUUUGAGCUUCAAAACAGAACAAAAUUCAGCCUUCAAGAAAAACAAAAGGCUUGUGUGUUUGUGCAGUUACUCUACAUCUGCUGAUCAGCAAGUGAAUUCGCGUCCGAAAAAGCUCGACUCGAAUGGCGGGGCCCACGUAAGCGAAAAGCUUCUGUUCGGUUAUUUGGUUAGCCACUUAAAUUGGCAAGUGAGGAGAAUGGCGGACACAGAGGAGGAGACUAAAAGAGUAGCUUACAUUCAAGCAGAAGCUUUUCACGAGCCAGUGUUUAUGUUUAACGAUAUGUUCUUCGGUUUUUUUAAGGCUGAAGUGCUUUCAGGACUUAUGUACAGGCUGAGGAACUCACCUCCAGACAGGUACGCUUGUUUAGUAGCAGAGCCCGAAAGCGAUUAUGAGGGCUCGAAUGUUAAAGAACUCGUAGGAGUAGUCGAUGUGACAGUUCAAAGGGAAGAUUAUGUGCUUGAGCACCUCAAAGGAGUAGAAGAGUAUCUUUAUGUCUCUGGAAUAGCUGUCCUAAACAAAUUCAGGAGACAGAAAGUGGCGACUGUAUUGCUAAAGGCUUGUGAUGAACUCUCUGCAAUUUGGGGUUUCGAGUAUCUUGUGCUCAGAGCUUAUGAGGAUGAUUAUGGUGCUCAAAAAUUAUAUUCGAACGCAGGUUAUAGAGUCAUUUCUAGAGAUCCUUCGUGGAUGAGUAGUUGGAUUGGGCGAAGAAGGCGAGUUCUUAUGGUUAAACGGUCUAACACAUGGUGA